AGGCAUGUAUGCAAAAGUUCUAUUUGGUACCUGAUUGCAGCUGAGCAAGACGCUACGAAGACCCAGUCUACUAGCACGUGUCUGCAUCCGCGUCCUUCUAGCAAUGCUGAGUCGAGAUGAAUCAGCCAGCAUACCACCGCUACCCUUUCCUGAGCGCUGAUGAGUUCGCCGAGGUAUGCCACCACCUUGAAAACAAAUACUGUCAAGCUACAUUGGGGCCUGUUCGGAAGCAAUGGAAGCUGCGCCUUCACAGGGCGCUGGACAUGUCCUUUGGUGCGGACUCGGAGUACAUCACUUUCAUACAAAUCACACGACCCCUCGACGAGUCAGAUGAUCUUGAUGAGCUGGAAUCAUACAUGAACAGCCUCUCGUUCACCACAGGGGCCGCAGGGAUGGAAUGGGCGACAGACCCGGAAGAGCUGGUCAAACAACCAUCACGACCAAAGAUUGGACAUGUCAUAUAUGAGAUCCACCUCCACCCAACGUAUCAAGCACCAUGCCUCUGGUUCAGCCUGCAUGAUCUACCGGCAACUGACACCGCCUUCGACACAGAGACCGUCUUUCGGCGGCUGGUUCCGGACGCAUUCAAGGGCGUCCUCCGUGGCGUCGGCCCAGUAGGCGGCAUCUCAGCAGAUCAUCACCCUGUGACGGGAUUACCGUCGUUCUUCGUCCACCCCUGCUUCCUGGGGGAUGCCAUGACAGGUUUCGACUGCGCAAAGGAGGAGUAUCUCAUGGUCUGGCUCGGCCUGGUCGGUGGAUGUGUUGGUCUAUGGGUACCGAAGGAGAUGGCUCUAGACCAGACGAGGUGAAGAUGUCAGAGGAAGCGAUGGCCGGUUGGGAUGUGUUGGAGC